AAAGAGGUGUCUUCCGAAGUAUCAAAGUAUAUCCACUGGAAUCAAAUGACAAGAGACUUAAUUAUGAACCACCUACAGAUUUACUUAGCAAGCUGUCCCUGGUUUCUAAAGUGAAAAAACCUGCAAAACUGCCAUCUAAGAAUUAUCUAGCCAUUUCUUUUUCAUUCUUUUGCAGUGAACGAUUCCAUUCUUCAUCAAUCAAAGUGCUCACUCUUACGUUAGACCGAUCUCACUCUAUCUUUUCUCUUCUCCUCAUCUACGUUUAGAUUCGGAAUUAAUUAAAAAAGGGUUUGUGAGAGAGGAACUAUGUUUGGAUACAAUGAUUUGAUUGUCGAUCCACGUAAUCUGGAGUGGAUGAGAGAAGUCAAUUGCCCUAUUAGGGUAAGCAAAGGGAAGAAAAAAUUCAACAUUGAUCUCACACCAUUUCGUGAAUAGUAAAAAUGGUGAUGAUUUCCUGUUAUUAAGAAUAUAAUUCUCUGAGGAUUGGCCUUUAUAAGAUCAGAUUGUUUUAAGGUUGAAUGUUUCGAUUAUCUUUGCACCCCAUCACAAGUUCAAGCCCUUAUAAAGGAGAGCUUAUCUUGAAAGAGAAAUUAUUUGAAGUAGUAACAUAUUCAAUUAUCAUUUGUCACAGAUUCUAUGUAGCCUUUCAAAUCAUUGCUGUUUCUAGAAGAAAUGUGGAUCUAGAAAGUUAAGUAUUUUUUGUAACACCUUAACUUUUAGCACCUUAUAAUCGUAUUAAAAGCUUAGGCGUUAUUAAUCUACUUUCCUUUUAUUAGCUAUUUAAUAUUGGGCCUCUACACGUUAAUUUGUCGAUAGUUUUUCAGAAAAACGAAAUUUCUUUUUAUUUUGUUAUAUACUUCAAGCUCAGCUAUGUCAGAUAAACAUAUACUCACAUAAUUACUAUUAAUACAUAAUAAUUGUUCAUACAAAACUCAAUUGCAACCCUAUCCCUAUGUAAAAACACUUUAAAAUAUCAAGGGUGAGGGGAAUAAAUCCAGAAGCAACUAGCCAAACAAGUCUUUUAUUCGUCUGUAGCUUUCCGAUUAGUUAUCCCGUUUGUACCUUUGAAAAGGUUUUUUAAAAGAUUUGGGGUGAGAACGAAGUCACACGUUCUUAGUAGGAACGUGAACUCUGUAAUAACAAAGUAAAUGCAAAUAGUUAAUUGAUCAAUUUUUCUACUUAAAACAGUUUUAAAUUUCUUUCUUUAAAUAACGCUACUUAACCAAAAUCUUAGUAACAUUAAUAAUUUCUCACCCCUAAACAACAUUCCUCAAUAUCUAAAUAAGCUAGCAUCAUGAGUAAUAUACUUAAAUCACACACACAAAUAUCAGUCCUCAAUACAUUAUUAAAUCCACAGCAUAAGUAAAAUAUCUAAUCAAGUACACAAGCAAGUUACCAAAAUAACAAUACAAUUACAAAUAAACAAACAUAAUCAAAUGCAGAUACGCAAACAUGAUGCAUGUUUGUCCUAAGCAGACCAUGAGCUCAUGCGUCGGUUGUCUACCCGCAACCUGACAUUACUCGGAGUGAACCCCGAAUAUGGUUCCUUUACUAUGUCAGUUAGACACCUUGGCGUCACGGUUACCCGUGUCAGUUUGGCCUCAUCAUAAUAGCAUUUUAAUGUGCAUCACAGUAAGAAACAGUACUAUCAUUUAGGCGAACAUUCCCGCAUUAGCAAUCUCAGGCUAUCAGUUAGGCGGACACUUUCGUUUUAGCAGUUUGGCGAAAGGCCCGUUUAACAUAUAAUUCUCAAUUAUUUAUUUCAUUCUUUACUUCCCUUUUCUUCUCAUCUAAGUAUCCUUUCCAUUCUUUAAUUCCCACUUUCUUUUCUUUCCAUUAUGCCUCCACUUCACCUUACAGCUAAGCAUACCUCCGCAUCACCAAGAAGCUUAAAAGUGCCAGGCGUACCUCCGCAUCACCGCUUAGCUUUAAACGUGUCCUAGGAAUAACCUACACACCUUUGUUUAACUAAGCUCUUACAUUUUGCCAAAUUUGGAUAUAUCCUUUGGGUCUAAAUCAAGUUUUACACGUUUGGAUUAGAAUUAAAUCCGAUAGCCAACUUAAUAAAAUCUGCUGCCGCACUAAAGAGAAUUUAGAAAAAAAUACAAGCAGCUCUGUUUUUGAUAAAUCUAUAAUAAAUUCAAAUCUAAUCCAUUACUUCUAAAUUUUGAUGAGGAUACACCCAACACCCUUAAAUUUCAAAACAACUAAAUUUCAGAUUCAUAGCGCCUCGUUUGGUUAAUUGAAUGUCAGUUGGAAGUGCUACCCUGUUUUUAGUAAUUGGUUGUGAAUUUUCUGCGAACAGCCCUGCUUCCAAGAAACAUAACUAACUCUACAAAAUAGCUAUGGACAUAAAAUUUGUACUCAAUUAAAAUAGACUCACAAACUUCAAAAUCCCUUUGGAAGCAACUCAAAAUAACAAAUAAAUCAAAAGUUCUAGUGGCUGGAAGUUAAUACUGCAGAACC